AUGACUGCCACUUCAGCCCCUUUCGACGGAAGCCCAAAGCUCAAGGUUUGGUCCCCCACUCUUGGAUCGCGCCGCUUCGCUGACAGCGCCAAAGUUCCAGAACCCGACGUGUCUUCCUCCGUGCCGCCAUCAGGCCGCAAUCCCGAUACAGGCGACCUUUACGUCGAUCGCAUUUUGCAUAGUCUCGAGGAGCCCAAUGAACCGAUCCUGUUUAAUGAGGAUUUUGUCAUCAAGGUCCCCGAUGAGCAGAUCUCAAGCUGUGGUCUCGCUUUCUUCUCUGAGCAGAGGGUCGCUUCCCUGACCAGUAGGAUGGGCAGCGCCCACUUACGUGAACUGAUUGAGAAGCUUGACAACAUCAUCGUCGAGAGGCUCAGCUUGACAAGGCCGUCACCAUGGACGCGGAUUCAAUUCAUGAAGCCACCAAAGGGUCCUCAGGUAACUUCCGAUGAGGCACGAGACUACAUUCGAGCCUAUUUCGAAAACCUACAUCCCGUCUACCCUUUCCUGGACCGUGACAUCUUCGAAACCAAAGCCUUCAGUCCGCAGCUGCCACAUGUGCUUGAUCAAAAUCCCAUCUUCUCGGCUCUAUACCAUGCUGUCUUGGCACUAGGAAGCCAGUUCUUCCGUCAGGGGACCUAUUCUCCAGGCACAGGGAAAUCAUGGGAGCUCUUCCAGGUAUCAUUAGGCCACAUGGCAGAGAUCAUACUCCCACGAGAGUCACUCGAGAACGUCCAAGCUAUCACCGCCAUGUCUAUCUAUGCUCUCAACGCGUGCUGCCUUCAGAUCGACGACGCGCUCGUCGCCCACGCUGCUCGCAUGGCCAUCGUUCUCCGCUAUCAUCGCUCCUCGGCCGCUCAGUCCGACCAAGCUCGUGUCUUCUGGGUCAUUUACGCCCUUGAGAAGCAGCAAUGUCUCCUCAGUCGCUGUUCUUCCAUGAUUCCCGACGAAGACAUUGCCUGCCCAGCCCCGUCCACACCGGAAUCUGUUGUCGGGGCGUACAACGCUUUCCUGACUUUCGUCCGGAUUGGCCGCAUCUCGUCCGUAGCCUACCAGUCCCUUUUUUCCAUCUCGGCGGCGCAAAAGUCCGCGCCGGUCCUGCAGGCUGCCAUUGUACACAUGAGAGGCCUGUUGGAAGAGUGGAGGAUGGGCAUCCCGGCUGCGUUCCGUCCCUGCGAGCCGGCCAAUUUCGACGCUCUGACGGACGCCAGCACGAGGCUUGCCGUGCUCCAGACGCAUUAUCUCUACCUUGGUCUCAUCAUUUCCAUUGAGCGCCUUACUCUGCAUCUCGACAAGGAGAGAGGUGCCGCGAGCCAGCGGAGCAGGGUCAACUUGAUGAAUGCCGCGAGAACGAUUGUGGAUCUCUCACGGUACAUCGAGCUUGAGCCAUACGUUCCUGUUGCAAUCACAUGCAUCAUGCCGCUGACGGCGCUUUUCAUCUUGUUUGACUUCAUCAUCCACAACCCUCUCCAUCGAGAGACGAGGGCAAACCUUACGCUACUGGACACCAUAGCAGGAUAUUUCAGCAUGAUCGACUUUGCGUCCAAGGGAGCACUGCCUGGCAGAGUGAUCCCCGAGUUUGCGCAGAUUGCGCGUGAGUACUUUAUCAAAGUGCAGACGCAAGGCAUCACUGAGGCCGAACGCGCAUCAGAUGCCAAAGAUGACGCGCUCGGGCCAAAGGAAAGCCCAGGGACGCGAGAAAAGGCGGGAGAGCCCUCAACGGAGAUGCAGCAGGACGAUCCCGCAGCCGAGGAAUCAUGGGCCAAUACGAUCGGAUCAGAUUAUCUCAGCUAUCCGACGCCAGCAAACUUCGAGGUCCCGACCGACAUGCAGAUGUGGGAUGCCGGUGACUUUCGGUCCAUCUUUGGCACGGCGUUCCCGGAGUGGGCCAUGGGUCCCGACGUUGCGUUGGGAUCGCUGGGGUUGACUGAUGGUGGUCGUUAG